AUGGCGACCGGACCUGCAGUAAGUUCAGCUCUAGAGACGAUCAGCAGACAUCACCUUGAGUGCUGCAUCUGUCAAGAGAGAUACCAACAGCCCAAGAUAUUGGAAUGUCUGCAUAGCUUCUGUGAGCAAUGUCUACUGAAAUACUGCAGCACGAAGCACGAGGGCUCUACAGCAAUUCCUUGCCCUGUGUGUCGGCAGGAGACGAAACUUCCCGAGUCUGGGGUAAAGGGUCUGAAAACCAACUUCUAUCUGAUUGGUCUGGUUGAGGAGCUUGCACUUCAGGAAAAGAUAGUGGGAUCAGGUGAUGCUUGUCUUUUGUGCGACAUUUGUGAGAGGGACAACGAGGCCACGCAGCGAUGUCUGGAUUGUGGCCAGUAUAUGUGCUCAGUCUGUAGCAAAAUGCAUCUUCGCUUCGCUUCCUCAUCAGACCACAAAGUUGCUCCCUUGAAGGACAUUCGUGAGGGAAAGGUUACAGUGACAAAGAAACAUCAGAGACAACAUCCAAAAUGUCCAAUACAUGACGGUGAAGUGACAAGGUUCUUCUGCAAUACCUGUGAAACUUUGAUCUGCCGAGAUUGUACCGUUGUGAACCACCGUAUGCCAGAACACUCAUAUAUUGAGAGAAAUGAGGCCACAUCGGUUUUCAAGCAGUCAUUGGCUGAACUGUUUAUUCCACUUGAAAGCACCAUGAUGGAUCUCCAGAAUUCAAGAGAGAAAGUUUCCAGAAUAAAAGAAGGUUUGGGUGUCACAGCUAAAAGGGUCAUGACAGAAGUGCAAGGCAAAGCAGCUGAGAUACGAGCAGAGGUAACGGCUCAGGAAAAUCGCCUCCUUGACGACAUCAAAAACAUUCAAACAGAUCGUGAACAAAAACUGGGCGAAUGUGAGAAAACUAUGGGCUUGGCAGCGGAAAGAUUUCAGCAUUCACUAGACACAGCUAGAGAGGUGACAAUGACUGCAUCGGAUAGUGACUUUCUCUCACUCUAUCCCACUAUCAGCAAAGACUUGAAAUUGUUGGCAGAUCAGAGGAUACCUGGGGUUGACAACAGGCUCGCAUUCCUGAAGUUCAAGCAGAGUGAGGGUGUUGGUGGCAUCAGUCUGGGUCAGGUGGUGGUGGCGGAAGACAAAUGGGAGCUGUGUCGGGAGUUUGAUUGCAGUGACUGA